GGGUCUUGCCAUGCGGCCGGGGUUUAGCAGCCAUGUGAGUUCUCUCGCAGCCGCAGCGGCAGCAGCUUGGCGAGCAUGUCCACCGCUAUGGCAACUCGUAAGCGGGCAAAGCCGGCCCCCGGGUCCGGGGCCGAUGCGGUGGCCGGCAAGCGGCGGCGAAAGGUCGACUCUGCCCGGGACAGAGGCAAAUCCAAGGGUGGUGGCAAGAUGAAUGAAGAAAUUUCCAGCGAUUCUGAGACUGAGAGCUUGGCUCCAAGGAAAACAGAGGAAGAGGAGGAGGAGGAGCUAGAGGAGACUGCACAAGAGAAGAAGCUACGCUUGGCUAAACUCUACCUUGAACAGCUCAGGCAGCAAGAGGAAGAGAAGGCCGAAGCUCGUGCAUUUGAGGAGGAUCAGGUGGCAGGGCGCUUGAAGGAGGACGUGCUGGAGCAGAGAGGCAGGUUACAGAAGUCGGUGGCAAAGGAGAUCCAGGCCCCAGCUCCCACUGACAUUCGAGUUUUACGUGGCCACCAGCUCUCCAUCACAUGCUUGGUUGUCACUCCCGACGACCUGGCCAUCUUCUCCGCCGCCAAAGACUGCACCAUCAUUAAGUGGAGUGUAGAGAGUGGGCGGAAGCUGCGUGUGAUCCCUCGAGCCAAGAAGGGGACCCAGGGGCAGCCUGCAGGCCACAGCACCCACAUCCUCUGCAUGGCCAUCUCCUCUGAUGGCAAGUACCUUGCCUCUGGUGACCGUAGCAAACUCAUUCUAAUUUGGGACGCCCAGAGCUGCCAGCACCUGUACACCUUCACGGGACACCGGGACGCUGUGUCGGGACUGGCCUUCCGGAGGGGUACCCACCAGCUCUACAGCACUUCCCACGACCGCUCUGUGAAGGUGUGGAACGUAGCAGAGAACUCGUACGUGGAGACACUCUUCGGGCACCAGGAUGCUGUGGCUGCAUUGGAUGCCCUGAGCCGAGAGUGCUGUGUGACAGCUGGGGGCCGGGAUGGGACUGUGCGUGUGUGGAAGAUCCCGGAGGAAUCCCAGCUUGUCUUCUAUGGCCACCAGGGCUCCAUUGACUGCAUCCAUCUGAUCAAUGAGGAGCACAUGGUGUCGGGUGCAGACGAUGGCUCCGUGGCCUUGUGGGGCCUCUCCAAGAAACGGCCACUUGCCCUCCAGCGUGAGGCUCACGGGCUACAUGGGGAGCCAGGCCUGGAGCAGCCCUUCUGGGUGUCAUCGGUAGCAGCCCUACUCAAUACAGACCUUGUGGCCACAGGCUCCCAUAAUGCCUGUGUGCGGCUUUGGCAGUGUGGAGAGGGCUUCCGGCAGCUUGACCCUCUUUGUGACAUCCCCUUGGUUGGUUUUAUCAACAGCCUCAAGUUCUCCAGUGCCGGGGACUUCUUAGUGGCUGGAGUGGGGCAGGAACACAGGCUUGGCCGAUGGUGGAGGAUCAAAGAGGCUCGGAACUCAGUCUGCAUCAUCCCACUGCGCAGACUCCCUGCACCCCCUGUUGCUGGCUCCUGACACUCAUCCUUAUUUAAGUGCUUUCCAGGCCCUGCUCCCCUUUUGUAUUAAAGCCUCCUAUUUUAGA